GCAGGUGUCUCAUACGACUGUAGUGCAGUGGAGAGAGAGAGAGACCACGAGCGAGAGACCUAGAGUAAAAAAAAAAAAAGAGAGAGAAAAAAUAUUGUUUUAUUAAAAAUACAUACUGUGAUUAUACUGUUUCUGGUUUAAGGUGUACAAUAAUGGAGGCAGAAGUGGACGAAGAAGAUGGAACUUUUACGAACAUCUCACUGGCUGAUGACUCAGGUGACAGUCCUGCAGCUCUGCGCUCCAGACAAGAGGACGAAUACUUCGCCAUGAACUGCGACAGGGAUGAUAUUGAGAACCAAGUUGAGCUGGAGGAGAAGACAAGACUCAUCAACCAAGUGCUCGAGCUUCAGCACACGCUAGAAGAUCUCUCAGCUCGGGUGGAUGCGGUGAAAGAAGAGAACCUGAAGCUGAAGUCGGAGAACCAGGUUCUGGGGCAGUACAUUGAGAACCUCAUGUCUGCCUCCAGUGUGUUCCAGACCACCGACACCAAGAGCAAACGGAAAUAAAGUUGGGAAAACGAUCCUUCCCCUACCAGAACGGACCCUUUAUCCCUUAAAAGGCCAAUACACACAAGGCCCAGUUUACUUUUACCCACUAGUGUCCUCCAGUGUUCACCAUCACAGCUUCUCACAUACUCCUCCCUGCGUGGGAUCACUCUCAGCUCUGAAUUUGUUUAUAUUUUUUACAUGUACAGUUUUUUUUUUUCUCUAUUCUUUUCCGUUUCAUUCCAUCCAUUAUAAUACCAGCUGCUUGUGGAUGCCAUUAAAACAGACUGACCUGCUCUCUCUCUCUUUCUCUCUGGCUGUUACGGAGUUAAUGGAGGCAUUUCGUAGUCUGUGGUCAGAUAUCCACAGUACUAAUGCACAUCAGGCUCUAUAUGCAGCUCUUUUAGUGGCUACGCAGCUCAGCAGACCAUCUGCAUGCUUCUCCUGCUGGAAUAGUGCAGCUUUUUCAAAUGGUUUAAAGGAGCCAGCCUAAAGACUAGUGCAUUAAUGGGUAAUCUUUUUUUAUUUUUUAUUAAUAAAUACUUUUACCUAUUUCACAUUUACCAUUGAGAAGCAGUGAAACAAUGAGGAGAAUGGAGCACAGGAGAAACGGUUGGAAGUCUCCAAGCACAGAUGGGAGAGAUGUUGCAUGAGGUCCUUUUUAUUAUUCCAAAGAAAAUAUGCAUGAUUUGAGGGCUCGGGUGGGUGAAGAUUUUAGAAAGGAUUUUAGUAAACUAUGCAGUGAUCAGUACACUUUUGUGACCUUUUUUAUUCCUUUUAUUUAUGGGUGUUUUUACACCUUUAAGUCUAGACCCAAGUCUGACCCAAGGUCCUUGUGUUACAUUGCAUUUAAUACACAUGGUCCGGUUAGUUUUGGUUUCACACUGGGUCCUGGCCUCAUCACCGAAGUGGGCUGCAUCUUCCCAUAUAUGAUAAUGACUGGUUUGUAGAAGGGAACAUGGCUGAGUGUAGGCAUGGUAUAAAGUCAUAAAUUUGGCGAGAUGCCUUUCCAGAUGUUGUGACGAAUUCUGCCUACUAUCACAAUCUGCCUUCCUUCAAAUGCACACUCGUAAUGCUGUAGGAUGAUUGUAAAAACUGCUUUUAUGUCUGAUUAUAAAUAAGGGUUAAUCUACAGUUACAGUAGAUACAGAAAUUGGUCAACACCAAAUAAGCAGGAGCAAAAAUGCCACAGAGUAAAAUUUUGAAUUUAGUCCAGAUCAUGUAGUUUGAAAACACUUUUUUUUUUUUAGAUAGUUCAGACUUUUGAACCAACUACAGGAAGGCUUUCGUCACUUGUUCAACAGUAGAAGAAGAAAAGAAACUGGUGGUGUGCUGAAAUCUGAUGCCCGGUCAUAAAGCAGUAUAGAAACAAGAGAUUAGGCUGGUGUAUCUACUGUAACUGUAGAUUAACCCAUUUUUUAACAAACAAAUACAAUUAAUCCAAAGGGUAAUGUUACACUCAUUUUGCUGUGUAACGCUUGUGCAAUUAAAUCUGAUUCUGCCAGGGAGGCAGAAAUUGGCACAAAACAUGGAGAGGCAAUUUUCAGAAUUGACAACGCCCCAACGUCCAAUGCAUGCUCUUCUGGAAAUGUAGAAAUCAGUAUACCAAAUAAGCAGCCCCUAUAGGCAGUGAUAACCGGAUGUUGUGUGAAAUUGUUUAUUUGCUUACGAAACUACAGUGUGAACAAACACAUGAACUUAAUUUUUUGACUGGACUUAAUGGACAGGUGGAAAUGCUACAGUAUCAAUGGAGGCAAAGGGAACAACAUCUUGUAAUGCCAGGAUGUGUAGUGUUUCAGAAGAUGUUUCUUUUAACUGGAAUAAGAUGGGAUUGGAGACAAUGAGAAAGAAAUGGACUGCCUGGCUUUUACUGUAAAAAGAGAAAGGGACUCUUGAGUGAUAUUGAUCUGGGAGAGUGCUCUGAAGGGUGCAUUUGAUUUAACCCAAUCCCUGCACAAAGCAGAGGCAUGAAAUUAAGGCUUGAUUAAAAAAAAAUUAAAAAGUUAUUUUAGAUCUGGUAGUAUAGAAAUAUUUCUAUUAUAUUGCUGAUAUUUCUAUCAGCCAAAGUCUGCACUGCUCAAAGACACAAAAAAACAAAAGAUGUCAUAUCUCAAUAACAAUGAGAAUGAGCUUAGUUGUUACAAGGGAACGGUCAUAAAAUGUCAUAAAUGUUAUUUAUUGUUUUGUUGUGUAUUAACAUUUUCCUUCAGGUAUGUAACUUAAGCCUGCACACAUCCAAUGUAGAUACUGCCUUGUGUGUAAGUGUGUAAAAAAUGUACUAUUACUACUAUGCCUUUAACCUUUUUGUGUUAAUAAAUUGUUUCUGCCUUUG